CCGCCUGUCCCGUGUGGUGCUCGUUGCCAUGGUGAUCGCGGCCACUGGACCCUCCGGACUAGGCAGCGUCAGGAGCCUCUGCAGCCGCCGCAGGUGAGUCAGCCGCCCCUUCGGACACACCCUCUCCCGCCCGCGUGAUCCCCCGCCCACCUCCCACUGCAUAACCUGAAAGCGGCCUGGGCCCCGGGCCUCCUCGUUUCCUGACCGCACACCCCGGGCCCCCAGUGCUGGUCUGGGGAGAGAUGGUCCGAUGCGGAGGACCACAGGCCUCUCUCUCGGUCAAGGCCACCCAGUGCGGAGGGGGCGGGAGGGAGAAGGAGCCGGGGCUGUGGAAUAGGCUGAGGGGCCCGGUGCCAGCUGUGGUGGUUCUGGGAAAGGCCUGUGGGCUGAACCCUGAGGGCCCUGCAUACCCAGAGCCUUCAUCCCUUAAGGGGCAGGAGCGGGGGACCCCUCCCCACUCUACUUCCUCUACCCGGGCUGUGUGCACAGCCUGGCGACUGUGCUCCUUCACUCAGCGCAGAGCUGAGCUCAGGGAGGCGCCACUCCUGGUGGACAUCAGUCAGGAGACUCAGGUCUCCUCGACUCCAAGGCCUGGUGGCAGGCCUGGUACCCGCCCCCGUGCCCCAACACACACUGCCUGCAGAUUGGAGAGAUGACCCCUGGCAUCCUGACAUUCCUGACAGAGAAGGAGGCUUGGACCUGUUUUCAAAGCUACUGCAACGUUAGGUAUCAACUUUGGGGGAGUCCCCAGGGAUUUCACAGUUCCCUAACUCUCUUCCCCCUUUUGGGGCCACAGGACUCCCAGGAAGAAUGAGGUCCUCUGUGAUGCCUUUGGGGCCCACGGUGAGCCGGGACCGCGUCAUCACCAGCUUUCCUAAGGUAGGGAGGCGUUAGGCCAGCCCUUGAUAUGUGCACUGCUCUCCGGACACCACGCCCUCAUCCAGCUUUCCCCACCUCACUCACCACUGGAAACAAAGCAGGUGAAUCGGGGAGGUCAGUGCCUCUCUGACAGACCCCAGGGACUCAGCAGACUUCUUGAGAAGCUUGGCGUUGACUUGCCCAAGGUGGGCCAGCAAGUGAAAGGUGACACCAGGAGGCAGUGUGGCAUGGAUGUUAAGGGCACAGACUUUGCAGUCAGACUGUCCUGGGUGUGAGUCCUGCAUGUCAUUAAGCUGUGUGACCGCGGGCAAGUUACUCAACCUCUCAGAGCCACUGGUACAGAAGGAUAAUUCCUCUCAUAUUGGGUGUCUGGCUCAUGGUAAAAGGGAGCUCCCUUGCCCAAGUGUGGUCACUGUUUUUCUCAUUUUAAUUAUGACAUUAUCAAACAGCACUCCAGUUUCCUGACACCAAAUCCGAAGUUCUCACCCCUUACCAUUCUGCCUUCUGUCCUUGCUGGAAACUCACAGCUCUCUUCCAUCUAUAUUAAAAUCCAUUAUUAAUCACAGCAGGGGAUGCAAAUCUGCACAGCCUCCCAAGGGAGCAGUGGGAUAAUGUCUCCCAGCACUGCAGAUGCUCAGGGCCAGGCACUGCAGCAAUUUGUAAAGUAGAAGGUCAGACACAACAUAAUGUCCUCGAGAGGGGGCCACGUAGACAGCAAAAUGCUGCUUCUUGACACAGACUCGGGGAGGCAUGAGCGCCUCUCAGGGGCUGAUGCACAAUGAGAGCCAAAGUAAGUUGUUGAGCACCAUGUGUGAGAAAAGGAGCAGAAAUGCAUGUGUUUGCUUCUAUGUGCAGGGUAUCUGGAAGGAUGCUUAAGAUCCUGCCAUCAAUGGUUGGUGCUGUGGGGAGAAAUCCUCUCUUUUGAGUCUUGGAAUCUGUGCCCAGGCCGGUGGGGGAAGGAGGGUAGGCUCUGGGUAUUUGGGGUCCGCAGUCAUUCCUCCUCCCCCUCUCCUGCCUUCCCCCCAACCCCGAGUUCUGUCUCCAACAUGCACAGAUAAAGCCUCGGUGCUUUAGACCCGUGGACAGUGCCCCCAGGACUUUCCAUCUCAUCAGAGGCCCAGGCAGCUGCUUCUCUACUGAACUUGACAGUGGUGACUAGGGAUGACGGGGACUGGGGUUAAAAAGCCAAAAGAAGGGAAGCGUGAUCGGCACAAAACAGUCCAGGUCUCAUGGGAUGAAGGACCCCAAUUACAAAGUGAGAUGAGGCUCAGAGAGGUAGGGAGGACUGCCUGAGGUCACACAGCUGGGCGUGGGGGAGCCCAGACUUGACCCAACCGUGGCCGACUCCAGAGCUCUGACGUUUCCCCACCUUGGGAGGCAGGCUAGGGCAUCCCUGCUUCCACAGAAGGUAAGAUUCUCCGCCAACUGCCUGUGGCCAAGUUCAUCCCACACUCCAGGGCCACAGCACUUCAGACCCAAGCAAUUCGUGGUCAGAUGGGGCCAGUCCUUCCUUCACCCCAUGGGCCUCGGUUUUCCUCUGUGCGCUUCCUGCCAGCCUUCCCUAGCACACUUCUCCAAUCUGUCCCAAGUCCUGGGACCCCUCUACUGACCGCCGUGUCUUGGCCAGCCCCCAGCUUGACACUGACACGGAAGUGGACGGAAAAGCAGCCAGCUUUCCCGAGAGGUGGCCCACCUUCGCAUGGCCGGGGUCCCUGGGCUGAGCGCUCGUCUGCACUGCCCACUUGCUCCUCCAGUGAGCAGACCAAGAGGUGCCGUGAGGGGUGUCCCCACCUUACAGAUGAGGACAUGGGCGCUGUGAGGUCCCGCCCUCACCCCUGGCCGAGCUCCUUCACCGUCCCUGCUGCCUUGGUCUCACAGAGCCGAGAGGGCAGGUGGACCAGGGCAGAGCCGCAGGGGCCCUGAAGGACAGAGGGGUGGCCCAGGGAGCACAGCAGAGCACAGCAGCCGUCUCCAGCUCGGCCUCCUCCCACAUCCUGGCCAUGCCCCACACUUAGCCUUGGCCAAUCUGACUGCAAAGCGUAAUGGUCACCUUUCAUUUGUUUAACAUCAUUUUUUCUAAUUAUAGAACAAACCUGCAUUGGAUGUGUCAUGGCGUCUUUGCUGAUCACUUAGUAUGUAUGUGCCAGACCAGCUCUGCGCUGGUGGCUUCACAAAUGUAACCUCGUUUUAUGCCCCCAAGUCCCUGAGAUUUUCUAGAUGCAGAAAUUGAAGUGCGGAGACAUGAGGCAACUACCCAGGGUCACACAGCAGCUGAGGGUGGACACAGGGGCCCUGCUCUUAGACCACUACCCAGUUCUGCCUUCUGAACAAUAUGGAAGAUGAAAGUGUCUUCCAGGACAUUUUCCAUGCACAGCUAUGCAUAUUUUUAAAACAAAAAUGGCAUCAGAGAUCCAUAGAAGGGGUAGGAGGAUCUUGCCACUAAAAGGGCCCUUACAGCCCACCCCUCCUCUCAUUGGAAGAGGCCCAGAGGGGACAGAGGGUUGAUACGCCCGCAGCAAGGGCACAGCUGCCCCCAGCGGGACACAGCUCUCUGGAUCCCCGCCUGGGCUCCCUGGUGUGUCCUGGUCCCACUGCUCCUCCUCGGGGCUCACAAGGCCCUGGAGCCUUGGGAGUCGCUGACAAGGUAGAGGACGGAUGUGACCGAGGCUCAGGAAGGAACCUGCUGCCCACUUGGCGAGCUUUGCAGGGUGAUGUGCCCACCUGUCUGUCUGUCUGUCUUGUUUCCAGUGGUACACGCCCGCCGCCUGCCUGCAGCUCCGGGAGCACUUUCACGGGCAGGUCAGCGCCGCCUGCCAACACAGGAAUACGGGGACCGUCGGGUGGUUGUGGUCGGCGACCUCUACGUGGGCAAGACCAGCCUCAUCCACAGCCUCUCUCCACACGGAGUUCCCGCUGGCAGCUCCGUCGCCCGUGGCCUGUCUCUGCGGCCCGUCUCCAUGGCCGUCACCGCCUGGUCUUCCCUGAGGGCGGGCUCUGAUGGCUUCCUCGGCCCCCACAGGUUCUGCAAGAAUGUUUUUGACCGCGACUACAAGGCCACCAUCGGGGUGGACUUUGAGAUGGAGCGCUUUGAGGUCGCCGGGAUCCCCUUCAGCCUCCAGAUCUGGGACACAGCAGGACAGGAGAAGUUCAAGUGCAUCGCGUCUGCCUACUACCGGGGUGCCCAGGUGAUCAUCACGGCCUUUGACCUCACUGACAUGCAGACCCUGGAGCACACCAGGCAAUGGCUGGAGGACGCGCUGAGGGAGAAUGAACCAGGCGCCUGCUUCCUGUUCCUUGUGGGGACCAAGAAGGACCUUCUGUCAGGGGCCGCGUGCGAGCAGGCGGAGGCAGAGGCCGUGCGCCUAGCCAACGAGAUGCAGGCCGAGUACUGGUCCGUGUCGGCCAAGACCGGGGAGAACGUGAAGGCGUUUUUCAGCCGUGUGGCCGCCCUGGCCUUCGAGCGCUCAGUGCUGCAGGACCUGGAGCGGAGGAGCAGUGCCCGGCCGCAGGUCGGCGACGGGGACAUCAUCCGUACGUGCAGGGAUGGAGGGACAUCCACCCGAGACCCAGGACAGCAAGAGGCCCUCCAGCCCAGGUUGCUGUUAGCUGAGCCUGCGUCAGAGGCCUCCACUGCCUGCAUGCGUGUGGGCAGUGCCUCCCGUGACCUGGAGGGUGACAUGGAACACCCACCGUGCUGAGCCCCAGGGCUCUGCCUCUUCUCUUUAGCGGGUCGGGAGCCAGGGAAGGCCCCCAGUGGCUCCCCAGGGCCCCAUGCUGCCCAGCUGGUGGGGGCACUGAGGCUGUCAUCUGGAAGGCCAGUUGCACUUACAGAGUCACUCGACAGCCCCCCGGCCCCGGGAGGCUCAGGACCACACGUGCCCCCAGGCCCACAGCGCUCGUCCUGGACACAGCAUCCCCUCAGGCCUCUUCCCCACUUUCCUGGGUCGGCCUCAGAAUCAUCCUCAUCUCGGUGGUCCAGACGAGCGGUACUUGCUGAAGUCAAGGCUCCCUGUCUGCUGCAACCCGGAUCGGGCAAGAGCACCCAGGUCUCCCCUCCCCAGCUCCCGCCCAGAGCGCCCAACCCUCUCCAUGCCCUCGUGUUGCUCCUCCUCAGGGGCUACUGAGCCCCCGCCCACCCCACUCUCCCCAACCCUGGGUGUGUGCCCCCCAGUCCUGCCCUCCGUGGCCAUAGGCAGGUGGCACGUCUGGCUCCCGCCUGUUUCUCAUAGAUGGUGAGCAUUUCGGGCAGCCAGGUGGUUAGCCGCCGGGAGACUAGGCGGCUUUUGUUCAUUCCCCCUUCACCACAUUUUUAGCUCUCCUCUUUUAUAGAUAGGAGAUACUUCUUUAUAUAAAUCACUCCUAAAGGAA